ACUUUUCGACGAUCGCACAAAUAUUCUGUGUUGAUGAGUGGAUCCGCAAAUGGUCAGGCGGUUCGUAGUUGUGAUUCCCAUCGUAUCCUUCAUGUCUGUUUUGACUAUUAAAGCAUAGCCUUACUUACAUAGGAAAGCGUUUCAGUUUUCAAUAGUUUUGUUAUCGUAUUUUAACUACUUGGUCGUGUUGCAUAGUUUUCCAUUUGAUCAGUUGUUUCUGAUUUUUGAGUAAUCUGUCGUUUUUGUGCAACAUGAUUCUUAUGAAACCGAAUAGAAAUUAACGCAUUGCUUUUCGCGUGAAUCUUACAUUUCAUACUUGCUCAAAAUGAAUCCUAUAGAAGAAACAUCUUAUAUUCGAACAAUUGAGUGGGAAAUGUUAGAUAAAAAGAAAUUUAUCCCCUUGAGUAUUACUAGUUCAUGUAUGGUUAGAACCAGCCUUUAUCCCUUUACCUUAGUCAAAACUAGAUUACAAAUUCAGAAAGGGAAUGAAGUUUAUAAGGGUACCUGGGAUGCUUUUCGAAAAAUUGUUAAGUAUGAAGGUUUCAAAGGACUGUACAAAGGGUUCUGGGUAAAUUUGUUUUCAAUUGUUUCGGGUACUUUCUAUGUUUUAACUUACGAAAACGUCAGGCAUUUGCUUCAAGCAAAUAAUGUAACUGACUCAAGAAUAAGGGCACUUGUAGCGGGGGGCUGUGCUUCUCUUAUUGGACAGACAAUAAUUGUACCAAUUGAUGUAAUUAGUCAGCAUUUGAUGAUGGUGGGUCAAAAAGUUGACGGUGUAGCGCAAAAUAUCAAACCGAGUCUUCAAAAUGGAGCAGGGAAAAGUAAAACGCAACUUGCACUUGCAAUCACCAAAGAUAUUUAUCGUAUUGAUGGUCUGCGUGGCUUCUACCGUGGGUAUAUAGCAUCGUUGUUCACUUACGUUCCCAGUUCGGCACUUUGGUGGACCUUCUAUCAUCUAUACCAAGAUCAUCUCAACAACCUGUUCCCUUCGUGGUUUCCCCACCUCGGAAUCCAGUGCACAUCUGCUAUUCUUGGGGGCUUAACUACAACGACGUUGAUAAAUCCUUUGGAUAUUGUGCGAGCCAGGUUACAGGUGCAACGCCUGGAUUCGAUAGGACAGACCUUCCGGAUCUUGUGGCGAGAAGAGCGUUUCUACAUGUUCACCAAAGGCUUGACUGCUCGCAUUAUCAUGUCCACUUUUUACAGCUUUUCCAUUAUUCUGGGCUACGAGUCAGUUAAGCGAUGGAGCGUUAAAGAGCAGUACAGGGAACAAAUCCGGUGUUCAAAACGAAUAAAUCUGUUAUAUGGAGGUUUGAUCGAGUCAUGGCUUAGACAUGUUGAGACAGUAUCCAAACUGGAACUUCGUGACAUUCUUCUUUCAACUCUUAAAGCUAUUCGGGAUUCUUUACGUCCUCGUUAAUUUGUGAAACAACUGGAGAAUAUGCUUUCCAAUGCAAAGAAUUUGGGUGAUUUGAACACUCCCAGACCACUACAUAUUGCUGUGUAUGCACUGCCAUUAAUAAAACCCUCUGAUUCGGAUACAGAGAGUGAUGUUAGUGAGGAGGAGGUGCCACAGCGCCCCACAGCCGUUCCAACAUAUACAUUCAGUGAUGAUGAGGAGGAGCAGAAAAGAAUUGUUCGUUCUGCCAAAGAAAAACGGUUUGAAGAACUGAAAGAUUUAAUUCGCCUCAUUAAAAACUACAAGAAGAUCAAGGAUUUGAGUAAUAUGCUCUCCUCUUUUGAAGAUCUAACCAAGGCAUACCAAAAGGCAUUACCUGUAAUUGCCAAGGAAGAGAAAGGUGUCACUCCUAGAUUCUAUGUCCAAUGCCUAGUAGAAGUGGAGACAUUUCUAAAUGAAUUAUGGGAAGACAGAGAUGGCCGGAAAAACCUCUCAAAAAACAACUCAAAGUCAUUGAGUACGUUGCGUCAGAAAAUGCGAAAGUACGUCAAAGACUUCGAAUCAGAUGUCGCCAAGUUUAAAGAAAGUCCCGAUGAAGAAUCAGAAGAUGAAGAAGCUGAGGAAAAGUCUGAAGCUGAAUCUGAUGAAGAAAGUGAAGCUGAAGGACCUGCUGCCUUCCGUAAAUCCGAGUCAGAAACCCGUACCAAACCGUUACCUAAGGUUAAACCAGCUGUUCUCGAUGGCGACGAAAGUGACGACUCGUAUUGGGAUUCUGACGGAGAGGACGAAACUUCUUCAUCUGAUGAUGACGGGAAAUACGCCAAUCUGAAAGAAAAAUUCUUGAAGGUUGCUGGUGGUGAAGAUGACGAACGUAAAAAAAAGGAAAAGAAAGAUCGUAAGGACAGGGAAAAGGCACAACGGCGCAAAGAUCGUGAGGAGGAAGAAGAAUUGGAAAUGGAGGGCGGUGAUGCUUGGCAAGUACAGGGCAAGGCUACUCAAGCCAAGCCGAAAAUGUUCGCCAAAGACGCAGAUAUCAACACUGCGGUUGUUCUUAAAAAACUUAGCGAAAUUCUGGCUGCUCGAGGCAAAAAAGGCACUGAUCGUCGUGAGCAAGUAGAGAUGUUGCAUGAGCUGUACACAGUAUCAGAGGCCAACAAUCUUGGAAUCGGCAUUGCGGUGAAAGUAAAAUUCACGAUCAUUUCCGCCAUUUUUGACUACAACCCAAAGAUCUGCGACGCCAUGAAACCGGAGCAUUGGGAGAAGCUCUUGCAGUGUAUCGCUGAGCUUCUCGAUCUUCUAAAUUCGCGUACCGACAUCAUCAUGGGAGAACACGUUUCGGAGGACCACGAAAAGCUGGAUCAAGCAGAGUUCGAAGCCGAGGAAGACCCAACGAGACGCUUUUAUCGUAUUCGUGGAUGUAUGCUAACGACUGUUGAGCGGAUGGAUGAGGAAUUUGUUAAAAUUCUAAAGGAGUGUGACGCUCACAGUAAUGAAUACGUUGAGCGACUCAAGGACGAAACCCGAGUUUCGCAGAUUAUCGACAGUCUUCAGGCUUACGUUGAGCGACAGAGCUUGGCGUCGGAAUUGUGCCGACUCUACAUGCGAAAAAUUGAACAUCUGUAUUACAAAUUCGAUCCCAACACGAUCAAACAAAGCAACGGUGAAUCGAGCGCAGAAAAAGAUACCACUCUGGCGGUAAUGGACCGGCUAUGUCGCUAUAUCUAUGUUAACGAUAAAGAAGAACGAAUCCGACCUAGAGCUAUGUUAUGUCACAUUUACCACUAUGCCCUUCAUGAUGAAUGGUAUAAGGCGCGUGACUUAAUGCUUAUGUCACAUCUUCAGGAAACGGUUCAUUUACUGGAUCCCUCAACUCAGAUUCUUUACAAUCGAACGAUGGUUCAGUUGGGUCUGUGUGCUUUCCGCCACGGCCACAUCAAGGAAGCCCAUCACGCGUUGCUGGACAUCCAGUCUAGUGGCCGUGCCAAGGAGCUUCUUGCCCAAGGUCUUCUUCUACAGCGUCAGCAUGAACGAACCUCAGAACAGGAAAAGAUUGAGAAACAACGUCAAAUGCCCUUCCAUAUGCACAUAAACUUGGAACUGUUGGAGUGCGUUUAUUUGGUUUCUGCCAUGCUGAUCGAGAUUCCGUAUAUGGCUGGUAUAUCAUACUCCAAACGUUUUUCAUCAAUCAAAAUUUUCUGUAUGUUUUCAUUCUUUAUCGUAAUACUUUCUUUAGCUCAUGAAUCUGACGCCCGUCGCAGAAUGAUUUCUAAAAGUUUUCAUCAUCAGCUUAAAGUUAGUGAGCGCCAGGCGGUGACGGGACCUCCCGAAUCUAUGAGAGAACACGUAGUUGCUGCUUCAAAAGCCAUGCGCAAUGGACUAUGGAGACAGGCUCACAACUAUAUUAUCAAUGAAAAAAUGAAUGCUAAAGUUUGGGAUCUGUUCUACCAAGCUGACCGAGUGCGCAAGAUGCUGGUUCGUAAGAUUCAAGAGGAGUCUCUUCGAACCUACCUUUUCACACAUUCGUCCGUGUACGAUUCGCUAUCUAUGGCUACGCUUUCAAAAAUGUUUGAGCUAGAACAACCCACCGUCCAUUCCAUCAUUUCCAAAAUGGUGAUGAACGAGGAACUAAUGGCUUCGUUGGAUGAACCCACACAAAGUGUGGUUAUGCAUAGGACUGAACCUUCCCGUUUGCAAUCUAUGUCCCUCCAGCUUGCUGAUAAAUUAGCUAAUCUGGUUGACAAUAAUGAGCGAAUUCUAAAAAUCCGUCAAGGACCAUUUGGAUUCUCUCGCGGAAAUCAACAAGUUCGUUUUGGUGACCGGCCGCAGUACGGCAAUCGACAAGGACAACAAGGCGGAGGCAAUUGGCAACGUCGAGAUGGAGAUAGGGAUAAUCGGGAUAACCGAGAUAGCCAUCGAGACAAUCGAGACCGUCAUAACAAUUAAUUUUCCUUUGCCAUUGAUACUGAGUAAUCGGCUUUACAGACUUUUUGUUUUUUUCAUUAAUACAAUCGAUUGGCUGAGGGA